AUGGCCUGCAUGAGCUCCACGGACCCCGCUCCAGGCCAAUAUACCUUCGGAUUAGACGUGCGAGGCGACCCCCAAAUUGUCAUCUUGUCAGACACACGACCCUACUGGCGCGGAGGCACAUGGAAUGGACGCUUUUUCAGUGGUCUUGCAGAGGUGAAGGACGGCGCCGCCGGAUUCAUCAAUUUCAACGUGGAUAAAAAUCAGAUCAUCUGCCAGCCAAUCCACCAGUCUUCGACCAUCGUGAGGUGGACCAUGAACUCCUCCGGCCAGCUACAACUCCUCGUGUGGAUCGAGGCUGAACAGGGCUGGAGUGUCAGUUGGUACAUACCCAAGGACCACUGCGAUCAAAUGUUCCCGUGCGGCCCCAACAGUUAUUGCAGCUCCAACAUCUCGCCGCCGUGCACAUGCUUGCGUGGGUUUCAUCCGAGGAAUCAACAUAACUGGGACAUGCUGGACGGAGUAGCCGGCUGCAUGAGGACGAAGCCUUUGGACUGUCUAAAUAAUACCGAUGAAUUCUUGUUAAGCUGCAACAUCGAAAUCUUGUUAAGCUUCUUGGCUGUUGCAUCCGAGGAGGGGAAAGACUCUUGA